AAGGGAUGGAUGAAGUAAUAAAAUAGAAAUUUAAAUAAACACAGGAAAUGAGUUGCGGAUGAAUGGACUCCCACCACCACCACCACCUGAGUCACCUGACCAUAUCCACUCCUCAGCGGCGGAAUUGUACCUUCUUCUCAUCCCUUCCCUUCCGCCCGAAACUCUUCUUCCGUCGCCCUCUUCGUCCAUUCUCCGCCAGACUAUUUUCUCUGUUCAGGUACCAGUCAGCUAUUUUACCAAUGGAAAAUUCUCAAACUGCCCUUCCAAGAGAAAUGCCUCUGGGCAUAGAUGCAUGUGAUGAGGAAGAAUACUCUUCUCAGUCAAAACUGCUCAAAGAAUUCAUAGCUAUUCCCACCAUUGAAAAGGCUUGGACUUUCAGUUCUACCAGUGGCUCACAGGGCAUGUUCUUGGUCAACCAACCAAAUCUCUUGGAAGACAAAAAGAGGAGAUAUAUACUAUCAAAUACUAUCUCAAAAGGAGUAGACACUUCUGUACAUUUUCAGUGGGACCGUUUCCCGAUUGAAAUGACCGGCGCCUCUGUUAUGGUUCCAUCACCUUCAGGAUCAAAACUUCUCGUCAUUCGUAAUUUGGAUAAUGACUCGCCGACUCACUUUGAAAUAUGGGGACCUUCUCGCAUGGAAAAGGAAAUUUAUGUUCCUCGCUGUACUCAUGGACCUGUAUAUACAGAUGGAUGGUUUGAGGGGAUUUCAUGGAACUGUGAUGAAACUUUAAUAGCAUAUGUUGCUGAGGAACCUAUCCCACGCAAGCCGACAUUCACUAGCUUUGGUUACAAAGGAGGGGAUGGGGCUGAUAAUGGUUGUGGCAGCUGGAAAGGAAAAGGACUAUGUGAAGAAGAUUGGGGAGAGACAUAUGCAGGGAAAAGGCAACCUGCUUUGUUUGUCAUCAAUAUUAACAGUGAAGAGGUGUAUCCUGUUCAAGGCAUAGGGAAGUCACUGAGUGUUGGACAGGUUAUUUGGGCUCCUAAAGUAGAAGGUUGUCAAGAACAUCUGGUAUUUGUUGGAUGGCCAUCAGAUACUAGAAAGUUGGGAAUCAAAUAUUGCUACAAUAGACCGUGUGCCUUGUAUGCUCUCAAAGCUCCAACCUCUAGACCAGAAGCUCACCAAUCUGGUCUUAAGGGAACUUAUGAUGAAACUAUGGUUAAACUUACAAAAACCAUUAGUAGUGCAUUCUUUCCCCGUUUCAGCCCAGAUGGAAUGUUUCUUGUGUUUUUAUCAUCCAAAAGUUCAGUAGAUUCUGGGGCACAUUCCUCAACAAAUUCUCUUCAUAAAAUUGAUUGGUCAACUCAUGGAAGACCAUGCCAAGGUUCCAGUAUUGCCGAUGUGGUUCCUGCUAUUAUGUGUGCGGAAGAUGGUUGCUUCCCAGGCCUUUAUUGCUCUGGUAUUCUUAGUAAGCCAUGGCUUUCUGAUGGUCGUACUUUGGUUUUAUCAUCUUACUGGGGUAGCACUCAGGUUGUACUUUCCAUAAACAUUUUAAGUGGAAAGGUAGCUCGUAUAAGCCCUUGCAACUCCAACUUUUCUUGGAACAUCCUUGCACUAGAUGGAGAUAACAUAAUUGCUGUCUGUAGCAGCCCUGUUGAUGUUCCUAAAAUUAAGUAUGGUCUUGUUGGAAAGGAAUCUACAGAAGCCACAUGGAGUUGGCUAGAUAUUGAAAGCCCAAUAUCUGUGUGCUCUGAGAAGGUUCGUUCAUUACUCUCAUCCAAACAGUUUAGUAUAAUCAAGAUUCCAGUCUCGGAUAGAUCUGAAAGCCUUACAAAAGGUGCCACAAAACCUUACGAGGCAAUAUUUGUGUCAUCAAAGUUGAAGAAGCAAGAUGAGCAUGAUCCAAUGAUUGUAAUACUUCAUGGAGGUCCUCAUUCAGUCUCAUUGUCAAGCUUUUCAAAAUCCUUAGCCUUUCUUUUGUCACUUGGUUUUAGCUUGCUGAUUGUAAAUUACAGAGGCUCCUUGGGAUUUGGAGAGGAAGCUCUGCAAUCUCUUCCGGGGAAAGUUGGAUCCCAGGAUGUCAAUGAUGUCAUCUCUGCUAUUGAUCAUGUUGUUCAUUUGAACCUCGCUCAUCCAUCCAAGCUUACUGUCCUUGGUGGUUCCCAUGGUGGAUUCCUAACAACACACUUGAUUGGCCAGGCCCCAGACAAGUUUACAGCAGCUGCUGUAAGGAAUCCAGUCUGCAACAUGGCUUUGAUGGCUGGCACAAGUGAUAUCCCUGAUUGGUGCUAUGUGGAAACCUUUGGAAGUGAGAAGGGUAGAUCAAUGUUUACGGAUGCCCCUUCAUCUGAGCACCUCUCCGUGCUUUACAGCAAAUCUCCCAUUGCUCACGUGUCUCGGGUUAAAACUCCUACACUCGUGUUAUUAGGUGCUAAGGACCUUCGGGUACCAGUUUCCACGGGACUGCAAUAUGCGCAUGCAUUGAAGGAGAAAGGAGUCGAGGUGAAGGUGAUCAUGUUCCCAGAAGAUACACAUGGGAUUGAAAGACCACAAUCUGAUUUUGAAAGCUUUCUAAAUAUUGGGGUGUGGUUCAAGAAGCACUGCGGAUGAAUAAACUACUUCGGCCGGUCCUUCCCUUGACCCUCGACACUCGCCCAGCGGAGAUGCUUUGUGUACCGAGUUGCCCUUCCGGAGGACACUGACCACUGAGCAGUCCCAAAGGCACUUGAACACUAAAGCAACCAAUCAAUGUUGGUUUCUUCACCAUUAUAUGGCCUUUAAUAUAUUACUACGGGUAAAUUAAACUCGUUCUCUCUAUCAAAUGUACAGACUUAUUUUUCCCUUGAGCAUAUUACAAGUUUGGUGAAUUUGUUAAUUGUAAUCAGCCAU